GGGAACAUCUGUGGCAGAGAAGGAGGAAAGGUUUUUAGAAGAAGCCUUUGAUAGACUGUUUGCUUUGGCUGGGUUCCCUUCUUUUAUUUACUGAAUUCCAGAGGUGACCAAUACAGAACACACAGGAGCUGAAAAUGAAGUUCAUCAUUGGCAUUGGAGGAGUGACCAACGGUGGGAAGACCACUUUGACAAACAGACUACUAAAGACAUUACCUAACUGUUGUGUUGUGCAUCAGGAUGACUUUUUCAAGAAACCCGAUCAAAUAGAAGUCGGGGAGGACGGCUUUAGACAGUGGGAUGUGAUCGACUCCCUGGACAUGGAGGCUAUGAUCAACACCGUGAAAGGCUGGCAGGAGAACCCGGUCAAGUUCGCCCGCUCACACGGCGUCAGCCUGUCAGGUGAUGCCGAGGAAUCCGACUCGGGCGAGAAGGGGAUCCAUAUUCUCCUUAUCGAGGGCUUCCUCAUCUACAACUACAAGCCUCUUAUUGACGUCUAUGACAAAUGUUUCUACACUUCCAUUCCUUAUGAGGAGUGCAAAAAGAGGAGAAGUACAAGGACAUACACAGUCCCCGACCCCCCCGGCCUGUUCGAUGGCCACGUCUGGCCCAUGUACUUGAAACACAGGAAAGAGAUGGAGAACAACUGCGACAGAAUAGAGUAUCUCGACGGGAUGACAUCAAAGGAAGAGAUCUACAACAAAGUGUACGAAAGCAUUCAGAACUCCCUGCUGAACAAGUUAUAGCAGGACGGGGACAACAGCAGACUUGUGUAUAGACAUGUAAAUAUAAUUUUGAGUAAAUGUGCAACACCAGCUCUGUACUUCUAGCCUGAUUUGUAAAUAGUUAAUCAUGUAACUUAUUAAGAACUGAUGGCAGAAGCAUUGUGUUUUGUAUAAUCCUGUGUAACUUUUACUAAAAGAUAAGCUACCUCUGGAUUGCCCAGUGUUUAACACCAGGGACAGACCUAAACUCUGAUCUUGUUGUACUGUAUGUCAAAAUAAAAUGCCCGCUCCGAGGAAGGUUCUGUGUUUCGCAACUUAAAGA